AUCAUCUCAUAAUCCCUUCACGACGCCUUGAAGUUCCUGGAAUCUCCAAACCCCCUACCCAAACACUGCCUAAGGGACUUGGGUUUACUUGAGGGUGUAAAAGAAAUCAAGGCAAACUUCGGUCACGUCACAUGAGCUGAUUCCACAACUCGUGCAAUGUGUUAGUCAAGGCUUGCAGAGCUGGUUGACCCGACCGGUUGAGUCUGUUGUGUGCUCGGGCGGAGGGUCUGGAAUUGGGCUUUUUGUUGGGUUGGGGUUUGUUUCAAGGUUUUAGCUUUCCUCUUCCCUAUCCCCAAUUCUCCACCUUUCUUUCCAUUUAACAUUUUCACCAAAGACGUCCUUAAACCCUAAACCUCACUCCAUGGCUCGCCUAAUCCGACCUCUAAGAAACUCCAUUUCUCGUCCCUCUUCUUCUUCUUCCAAAAUCCUAAUUCCCCAGUUACCCAGUUUGCGUCUUGCACCAGAAAAACAAGGCCCCCUCUUAAACCCCAAUCUUCCAUCACCACAGAGCGCAAGAACUUACAUCUCUGAAAUGCGCAAAUCGGCUUUCGAAGGCAACAUGCUCAGACUCCUGCGCAAUGAAAUCCAAUAUGAACUCGAUCGCUCUCCUCCUAACCAGCCAGUUUUAGAAUUCAACUUAUUUACAGUUGACAACCGGUCUGGCGAGCAAUGGAUAAGCUUGAAGAGAAAAUUUGGACAUAAUGAAGAGAUAAAGAUUGAAGCCACCAUGUUUGAUGGAUCUGUUCCUAUUACAAAAUCCGGAGGCGGUGGUGGUGGAGGCCUUGGAGAAGAUGUGCAACUUCACAUUACUAUGGUUGUCAAUAUCUCCAAGGACGAAGGUGGCAAUGCGUUGGAGAUUAUGUGCUCGGUAUGGCCAGAUACUAUAGAGAUCAACAAGCUAUUCAUACGAAAACCUGAGAACAUGCCAGCUCAGCCCUAUACGGGUCCUGAAUUCAAGGAACUUGAUGAUGAGUUGCAAGACUCGCUUUACGAAUUCUUAGAAGCAAGGGGUAUAAAUGAUGAUCUUGCUAUUUUCUUGCACUCAUAUAUGAAGAACAAAGAUAAAACUGAGUUCAUUAGAUGGAUGAGAACUGUGAAAUCAUAUAUUGAAAAGAAGAAGAGGUAUUGAUACUGCAACACUUUGACAGAAUUUUAUGUUAAGAUCCUAUUUGUCUUGGGUAAUGAAAACUCAGCCUAGAUGCCAUAUUGGCGUUGCAUUUGGUCUUGUCUGGUUAUAUUUGAUUGAGAGAAGAAACUGGCUUGAUAAUUGUAAUUGGAGUACUGCAUUAAAACAGUUGAUGGAAUCAUUUUUUUGUUUUGAACUUCCAGGCAUGUAGAAGUGUCUAUUUUGACCUCUUUAGGCAGGUUUCAUAAUAGAUGAGCCUCUAAUUUUGGCAUAUGACAUCUCUAUUGGUUGUAGAAUCUUCAAAAUAAUGUUUUGGCGUUUUCUCUUGUUAGCACC